AUGGGGAGGAUUGGCAAGGAAUCGGCAGGUCAGGUCAUAAGCUUCAUAGGCCUCAUUGGGGUGGCAGUGGCCUGUGGGAUUCCCAUGUGGCGAGUGACCUCUUACAUCGGAGCCAACAUUGUUACAGGCCAAAUUGUAUGGGAUGGUCUGUGGAUGAACUGUGUGAUGCAAAGUACUGGACAGAUGCAGUGCAAGCUGAAUGACUCUAUCAUGACCCUGACGACUGAUCUGCAGGCUGGCCGAGCGCUGGUCAUCAUCUCACUUCUCUUUGGAUUUAUCGGCUUUAUCAUCUCGUUUGUUGGAGCCAAGUGUACCAGCUGCCUGGAAAAAGACGCAUCAAUGGCAAAUGUGGUGAUCAUAAGUGGCUGUCUCAUCAUUAUCUCUGCUAUCCUGAUCUUAAUCCCCGUCUGCUGGUCUGCAGCUUUCACCAUCUCAGACUUUCAGAACCCCUUGACUGUAGCAACACAGAAAAGGGAGCUUGGAUCUGCUAUCUACAUUGGCUGGGGCUCAACUGUACUUCUUCUGAUCGGUGGGAUCAUCUUAACCACCUCCUGUCCUCCCCAAAAACAAAUGUAUGGAUACCCUAGCAACCAACAACCAGUGUAUGCUUAUUCAAGACCAAACUCAGCCGCUGCCAGAGCUCUUGUGGUCAUUGCUAUCAUUGUUUCUUUUAUGGGGGUUAUCGUCGGCAUUAUUGGAGGAAAGUGCACCAACUUUGUGGAGGAACCAAGAUCCAAAGCCAAAGUGGCCAUUGCUGCUGGAGCUAUCUUCAUCUGUGCUGGUGUGCUUGUUCUCAUCCCUGUAUGCUGGUCUGCCAAUACCAUCAUCCAAGAUUUCUACAACCCUACCCUGAUAAGUGCCCAGAGGAGAGAGAUUGGGGCUGCACUCUACGUUGGCUGGGGCACAGCUGCACUUCUAAUCCUGGGUGGUGCCCUCCUCUGCAGCUCCUGCCCACCCAGAGAGAGCCCAGAGUAUCCAGUGAAGUAUGGCGGUCCCAGGUCCACAGCCACCAGCCGAGCCUAUGUCUGA